AGUUUCUUAAAAAAGUUCUUAAACAAAAUAAGUCAUUUAAUUAAAUCAAAAAUAAAUAAAAGAGUAAUAACCGAUCUUUAAUACAUGAUUUUGGGGUCCGAUCAUAAAGAGGGUUCUUAGACCACGUGUCAGCAAACUGUGAAAUUUGAUUUUUUUUUUCUUUCUCUCCUCCUCUCUCGUCUUCUUCUCCGUCGACGAUUGCUUCUGUGCUCAAAGGACCCUUCAAAAUCGUCGAAGGUCCCGCCAGCUCCGCCGCCGGGAACCCAGAUGAGAUUGCGAAGUUGUUUCCUGGUCUGUAUGGUUAGCCGUCUGUGUUAGUUGUUCCGGAUCAGAGUGCAGCUUCGUCGGGAGAGAAGUUGAAGAUCGGUGUUGUUCUGUCUGGAGGUCAGGCGCCUGGUGGACACAAUGUGAUCUCUGGAUUAUUCGAUUACUUGCAGGAACGUGCUAAAGGAAGCAUAUUUUACGGGUUCAAGGGUGAUCCAGCUGGUAUCAUGAAAUGCAAAUAUGUCGAGUUGAAUGCUGAAUACAUUCAGCCUUACAGGAACCAGGGUGGCUUUGACAUGAUCUGCAGUGGAAGAGACAAGAUUGAAACGCCUGAGCAGUUUAAACAAGCUGAGGAAAAAGCAAAGAAGCUAGAUUUGGAUGGAUUGGUGGUUAUCGAUGGAGAUGACUCCAACACCAAUGCUUGCCUCCUUGCUGAAAACUUCAGCAUGAAAGUGCCUUCAUCAUUUUCUCUGCCUCCAUCACAUCGAACACUCCUUCCUUCUUCAGGCCGUCGGAGUCAAUUCCAUGGAGAGAAAUCGACGUAAUUUCAUAGAAAAAAAAAAGAUUUAGAUUCAAUAAGCCUUUCAUAAAAAAUAUAUAAUAAUAGUUUGACAUGCAUUCAGAGAGAUACCAGUCUCUUGGAUGGUACAAAUGUAGUAAGGUUUUAGACAACUUGAAUGGUACAAAUGUAGCUAACUAUCUAUAAGAUAACUUCACAAGCCUUUCUUCUUUUUUAAGAGAUAAGGCAAUGUACACAACUUUCUGAUAUCAUAUUGGCGAGGAGGAAAACUCUGCUGUGGAGUUUAGGAUCAUGGAUUCAUUGCAAAAUGGGUAGAGAUCAGAA